GGACGACGGAAGCGCGCUUGCUCCGCGGGCAGUGAAUGCGCAGGCGCUUCUGCUGGUUCUCUGCAGGCGCCAAUUCCGGAGUCCAGUGGCUGGCUACUUCUCCUGUGUUGAAGCUGAACAUCCUUUAGAAUCCUGUCAACCUCCCAACUGCAGAGACGGUGACAUUGCUUUGAACAAGGAGACAAGUGACUGACUUCCUAGGAAGUGUUCUGGCCCGGCUUUUGUCGUCCUCCCUGAAUUUGAAGAACUAUGGAGAACUGGUCCUGGAUGACACUCGUGGUCUUAGUAGGACUCACAGUGCGGUGGACGGUAUCUCUUAACCCUUACUCAGGUGCUGGGAAACCCCCAAUGUUUGGUGAUUAUGAAGCUCAGAGACACUGGCAAGAAAUUACCUUUAAUUUGCCAGUAAAAGAGUGGUAUUUUAACAGCAGCGAUAACAAUUUACAGUACUGGGGACUGGACUACCCACCGCUCACGGCCUAUCACAGUCUCCUGUGUGCAUAUGUGGCGAGGUUUAUAAAUCCUGACUGGGUUGCUCUGCACACAUCACGCGGAUAUGAGAGUCAGGAACAUAAGCUCUUCAUGCGUGCCACAGUUUUAGUUGCUGAUCUGCUCAUUUACAUCCCAGCGGUGCUUUUGUACUGUAACUCCUUAAAAGAAAGCUCACCAAAGAGAAAGAUUGCUAGUGCAUUGUGCAUAUUGCUGUAUCCAGGUCUUAUUCUUAUCGACUAUGGACAUUUUCAGUAUAAUUCUGUGAGUCUUGGCUUUGCUUUGUGGGGUGUUCUUGGAGUAUCUUGUGACUGGGACCUGCUAGGGUCAUUGGCGUUUUGCUUAGCUCUAAAUUAUAAACAGAUGGAGCUCUACCAUUCCCUGCCUUUUUUUUGCUUUUUACUUGGCAAAUGUUAUAAAAAGGGCCUCAGAGGAAAGGGGUUUGAGUUGUUGAUUAAGAUAGCCUGUACUGUCGUGGCUUCCUUCCUUCUGUGUUGGUUGCCCUUCUUUACAGAAAGGGAACACGCCCUACAGGUUCUAAGAAGACUCUUCCCUAUUGAUCGUGGAUUGUUUGAGGAUAAAGUAGCCAAUAUUUGGUGCAGCAUUAACGUUUUUCUGAAGAUUAAGGACAUUUUGCCUCGUCACAUCCAAUUAGCAAUCAGCUUUUGCCUUACGUUUUUGAGCUUGCUUCCUGCAUGUAUAAAGUUGACCCUUCAGCCCUCUUCCAAGGGAUUCAGAUUUACUCUGGUUAGCUGUGCACUGUCAUUCUUUCUGUUUUCUUUCCAAGUACAUGAAAAGUCCAUUCUCUUGGUGUCACUGCCAGUUUGCUUAGUUUUAAAUGAAAUUCCUUUCAUGUCAACUUGGUUUUUACUAGUGUCAACAUUUAGCAUGCUGCCUCUUCUGUUAAAGGAUGACCUCCUGAUGCCCUCCGUUGUGACAACGAUGGCGUUUUUAGUAGCUUGUGCCACUUUCUUUCCAGUGUGUGAGAGCAUUUCCGAAGAACAACUGCAGCUGAAGUCCUUCGCCGUCUCCGUUAGGAGGCGUCUUCCGGGCUUCACAUUUCUCCCCAGAAUUAUACAGUACUUGUUCUUCUAUUCCGUCACCACCAUGGCCCUUCUGACGGUUUUGAGUGUCACGUUGCACCCUCCCCAGAAAUUACCAGACUUGUUCCCUGUGCUGGUGUGUUUUGUGUCCUGCAUAAACUUCAUGUUCUUCUUGGUAUACUUCAACAUUGUAAUCAUGUGGGAUUCCAACAAUGGAAGAACUCGGAAGAAAAUCAACUAGCUGUUUUCCAAAACAAAUGCAGUCUUCUGUUACGUGCAAGUGAACGUGCAUCUUUAGAGUCAUGGUAUCAUAGGAAAGAAAUGGCCAGUGCCUACCGUUAUCUACACAAACUGUUUAUGGGACCAAAACACUUGUUUCCUAAGUAUUUUCUGGUAAAGCAUAUUGUAGUUUUGCUAAUAUUCACAGAUAGUUAAAUGACAGAAUAAGAGAAAAAAAUGUCCCAGCUGGUUGCAGUACGCACAUCUGUAAUUCCGGUACUGGGAAGUGGAGGCUGGAGGACCUGGGAUCAAGAUCAUUCUUGGUGAUAUAGAAAGUUUGAGGCUAGCCUGGGCUCCAUGAGACCCAUCUUAACAAAAAAGGGAGAGAAAAAAAAUGUCCUUAAUACCAAUAUUUAAUAAUGGAAUUAUUCUAUAAAUUGUAAUUUUUAAAAAAGUUAAGUAUCGUGAGUUUAUUGGCAGAACUAAACCUCUGUCUUGUUUGAGCUUUAGCAUACAAGUAAUAAGCAUCUCAUUUAAAGUUGUAUCUCUGGGAAUUAACUUUUUUUUAAUAACUGAGAAGGUAUGUUGUGCUGUUUGAAAUUUGAAUAUGCAUUACUACAUAUGCAAAAUUGGAUGCUAAUAGAUUAAAUGGUAUUCUUGUUUCCAAGCACUUGAUUCCAUUUUUAAAAAGAACUUUAUUGAAUAUAAAAAUAAGAAGUUUAAAGUCUUAUGGUUACUCAUGGUCAUUAGUUCUAUAUAUUUAUAAUCAUUCUAAAUUAAACGACCUUAUCACGGAUUCCAGCUUCCUUUCUGCUACCUCGGUUAAGAUCUCCUUGGACACAAGUGUUUAUUCAGGUCAGGCCUCUUGUUGGCUUGUCCUGUAGAUAUGGCUAUCUCUUUUCCUGUGCUUUCUCUGGUUUCAACUGGUAAAAAUCAUGUAUUAUGUUUUCCUUUCUCAUGGAAAGCUGUUUCUUUAGUUUUGAUAAAAAUUAAAGUCACUUUACCA